AUGGAUCAAUAUAUAAUAGAUGAUAGAGUCAAUGAAUAAGAUCGAAAUUACCUAUUAUCCUAAAUAGAUUUAAUACACACCAUAUAAGUAACAAGAGAGGAUAUACAAUCAAUAAAAUAGUAAUUAAACUCUGAAGAAUAUAUUACCAUCCAUAUUGCUUUAUAAAGAUUACAAAGACUUAUCUUUUUAGAAUUCCACAUAGAAAAUUUUCCUGUUGAUUUAGAAGAUGCUGGAAAUUAAUAUCAUUUCACCUAAUUCCUCAUUCAAAAUAAUAUCAUAUAACCACUUCUUCAUUUAAUAUAAGUUCAAUACUCAAUAUAAAGUACUAUAGAUUCUACUCAAAUACUUAUUUGUCUACUUUGUGGAACAUCUCAAUAAGUUAAACAAAUUUUGCAGUAUGGUUUAGUUCCAAGUCUCUCUCUUUUACUUUAAUCCAAAAAUGAUCUAAUUGCAUUUACUGGACUUACUGCUAUAUUAUAGGCUGCUAAAAUUAGGCAUUCAAAACCAUUUUGUAAAUAAUUCCUUUAUGAUUAAAAUGAACUAUAUAUAUUCAAGAGAUAUACAAAAGAACCUGAAUUUUGUUUAAAAACAUUGUACUCUCUGUGUACAAAAAAGCCUUCAAUGAAAUUUGAAUUAAUCAAAUCUAGUUUACUAUUUAUUAUAGAUUAAAUUCAUAAAGAAAAUAAGAUUGGAAUUAUAACAAAAUGUAUUUGCAUAAUUACUGGUAAAUGGAUACCUUUACCACCAUUAAAAGAGAACCAUCUCAAAAGAAUUCAAUUAAUUUUAGAUUGUAAUAUCAUAGCAAGAUUUAUUUAAUUAAUGAAAAAACAUGAAUAAGAAUAUGAAUUAUAAUAAGUCAUUUUAACAAAUUUAAUAUUUGUUUUAUCUGGAACUGAUUAAUAAUUCUAGUUUGUUUUAAAACAAGGAAUAAUGAGAUAAGUCUAAAAAUUAUUAGAUUGUAAAGAUUAUGCAACCUUUAAUAGAUGUCUAGCCUUUUUUACUUAGAUUACUAAUAAAUCACUUGGAGUAACUUAUCUUUUUGAAUAGAAGAUUAUAAUAGCAAUCCUUAUACGAAUUUAUAGUGGAGAAUAAAAAGAAUUACCAUCAUUGAAACUUAUUCUAAUCUUUGAAAAUUUGAUUAUUCAAGGAAACAUUGAAUAAGUACAAAGUUUAAUUGAUUAAUAACUUAUGAAAAUAAUUAUUAAAAACUUGAGAUUUAAUUUAAAUUAGGGUAAUGUAUAAUUAAAUUGCAAAACUAUUGAAUUAUUGCAAUCAUUAUUCACCAAAGUCAAAAACAUAAAUAAUGAGAAAUAUGAAUUAUGGAAAGAAGAAUUUAUUAAAUCAGAUGGAAUCUAAGCUUUGAAAUCAUUAACUUCAUAAACUGAAUAAAUAUUUUCAAUUAAUGAUUUUUUUAAUACUUGA